CCAAAACCCUAAGUCGUAACCAGUAAGCAGCCUAAAACCCUUCUUCCCAAGAAGAAACAGCGAGGCCGAAUCACAAACGCUGUCCAGACUAAACGAUGUCGUUUCUCUCGCGCCGACUCUACCGCGCCUUCUCCACUUCCACAGCUGCAACAGCCCAGGCCACCGGCAACCUUGAAUCCGUAUUCAAGGACAUCUACCGUGAACGCAACCUCAAAAGACUAGUCCAGAAGUUUAAGAAGUCCUCCGAGCUAGACCGGUUUCGAACCAAAACCGGCAUCUACGAAGAGACGGUUCGCCGACUCGCCUCGGCCAAGCGCUUCAGAUGGAUCGAAGAAAUCCUCGAAGAGCAGAAGAAGUACAAAGACAUUUCCAGAGAAGGCUUUGCGGUUCGGCUUAUCUCUCUUUAUGGGAAAUCAGGUAUGUUCGACCAUGCGUUCAAGGUGUUCGAUGAAAUGCCGGACCAGAAAUGCGAGCGCUCCGUGUUGUCGUUCAAUGCCCUUCUUGGGGCUUGCGUUAAUUCUAAGAAGUUCGAUAAGGUUGAGGGGUUUUUUAGUGAAUUGCCGUCAAAGUUGUCGGUUGAACCAGACUUAGUUUCAUACAAUAUUGUGAUUAAGGGGUUAUGUGAUAUGGGCUCCAUGGACUCCGCUGUUGGUAUGCUAGAUGAAAUGGAGAAGAAGAGUUUGGAGCCGGAUUUGAUAACGUUUAAUACCCUUUUAAAUAGGUAUUAUACGAGCGGUCGUUUUCUAGAUGGAGAGAAGAUCUGGGGUCGAAUGGAAAAGAAGAACAUUCUCCCUGAUAUUAGGAGUUACAAUGCAAAGUUGGUUGGAUUGGUAUCAGAGAAGAGAAUGUUGGAAGGGAUUGGCCUAGUUGAAGAAAUGCAGACUAAGGGUAUUAAGCCUGAUGGGUAUAGUUUCAAUGCUUUGAUCAAAGGCUUUUGUAAUGAUGGGAAGGUGGACGAGGCUACUAAUUGGUAUGGAAAAAUGAGAGAAAAUGAUUGUUCACCUGAUAAAUUAACUUUUGCAACACUUGUUCCCCUUUACUGUGAGAAGGGCUAUUUUGAUCAGGCUUUUGAGCUGUGUAGGGAGAUCUUCAACAGGAAGUGCCUAGUUGAUGAGGUGUUAUUGCAGAAUGCAGUUGAUGGAUUGGUUAAGGGAGGUAAAGUUGUGGAGGCAAAGAAACUUGUGCAGCUGGGGAAUUCAAAUAGCUACCGUCGUUAUAACCUGAAAAUUCCCACAGACAAGUAGUGGAAUCACUCUGUUAUUCUUAUUUCAGUAUGUGUUCUAGUUCCUUUAUGAUUGUUCAACUAUUUUUCUUAUUUAAGGCAAGAUUCUUAUAGAGCUUGAGGGCUGAAUAAGUACUUGAGUUUUGGUCAGAAAAUGCUUUAAUCAGGUACUAACAACCAUUUUUGUGUUCACUCUUAUUUUUGAAUUUCUUGUGGCAAUUAACUAGAUACCUUUUCUUGCUGGUGA